AUGGACGACGACAAAAUCCGGCAUGUGCCCAAUCGUGGCCCAGCCGUCUUUGCCGUCACCGUCGUUACGCUCAUCAUCGCCUCCGUCUUUGUCUUUGCGCGCAUGGCUUGCCGGUUCUUGAUUGUCAAAAAGGUGACAUGGGGCGACCGAAUCAUGAUGCUUGCCUGGGUCAUUGCCUUUUUCCUCUCCUUUACCGUUGCCCUUGGUACUUUUAACGGACUCGGCAAACAUGACGCAGACAUUGACCCUGCCAACCUGACCGUUCUUCGCCGUUGCGAAUAUGUCUUUUCCAUCCUAUAUAAUCCCGCAUUGAUGGCUGCCAAGACUAGCAUAUUAAUCUUUUACUUGCGACUCGCAAAAAACACUCAACUCGUGUUACGAUAUGCCUCGUGGUUCACCCUCAUCGUCGUCAACCUCGCGGGAACCGUCCUGACGUUUAUGAACAUUUUUCAAUGCUCCCCCAUCUAUGCCGCUUGGAUGGCCUUUUACGAAGGAUCCGCCAAAUGCAUUCCGCUUCUUACCGAGUUCAUCUGCGCGUCGCCGGUCAAUAUUGUCACCGAUCUCGCUAUUCUCGCCCUCCCUAUCCCCGUGCUGACCGCCAUGCGAUUGCCACCGCGGCAAAAGACUAUCCUUAUAUUGACAUUUACAAUCGGCAUCUUUGUCACCAUUGUUGAUGUGAUUCGCAUCUACUACCUGCAACAAGCCAUCGGCUCCCGCGACAACUUUGGUCGCAGCAGCAACGACUCUCGCUUUGGUGCGCAUGCCGAUUUCGCCUACAACGCCUCGCUGUCGCUCAUGUGGAGCGUUGUUGAAGUCAAUGUCGGAAUUGCCUGCGCCUGUAUACCGACUCUCAAGCCGCUGGUUGUGCGACUGCUCCCUGCCAUGCUCUACGACCCCAACCGCACGCGAACGGCGCUCGUGUCCAAGAGCAGUCCCAGUGACCGCGAAUCCGACAGUCAAGGCGGCGCUGCGGCGACGGCGCGAAACCGUCCUGCGAUGCCGCAACCAGGCGCCGCGCCUCCAGCGACUGAUGAUGUACCGGAUGCCGACGAUGCUGCCGUGACGGCCAUCGAUUUCAUCACGACGCCGGGCAUGCGCAUCGAUCAGAUCAAUCGUGAUUCUCUCCGACCCGCUCGCAUACAGAGCAACGUCCACAGUUCCUCGGGCAGUGUAUCCGAAAACGGCGUCUACUUUGGCUUUGUCAACAUGAAGCGACCAAAGAGUAUGCUAAGGACGAAUCUUAGAGAUUCGUUCAAAUACGGUACCUUGGUCGCUAUUCUGUUCCUGCUCUGGGGCUUCUCGUACGGGCUACUCAACACGCUUAACAUGGCCAUUGCAGAAGUCAACGACAUGUCGACAGCCCAGACCCUCGGUUUGACCAGUGCUUACUUUGGAGGGGGAUACUUUUUCGGCCCGAUUCUGGUUGGAGAAUGGAUUCUUCGACGCGACGAACAUAACCGCUCCAAGCGCCAUUCCAAAAACGAGGCCGAGAAUAUCGGUGGCUACAAAGUGACCUUUAUGCUGGGCCUCUCCAUCUACGGCAUCGGCACCAUUAUUUUCUGGCCGUCUGCGGUGACCAACUCGUACGGCGGCUACAUGCUCAGCAGCUUCAUUGUUGGCUUCGGUCUGUCUGUGCUCGAGGUCGCCGCCAAUUCCUUCAUGUUUCUCUGCGGCCCGCACGCUUACGGCGAGCUGCGUCUGAUGCUAGCGCAAGCUGUGCAAGCCAUUGGCAGCGUCCUCAGCGCGCUGCUUGCCCAGCGCGUCUUUUUUGCAGGACUGCAAAAGGCAGACCACCAACACGUCAGCUUGAUCAAUGUUCAGUGGACAUACCUCGGCAUCACGUUGCUGUGCGCCGCCCUCGGCCUCUUCUUCUACUACAUGCCCCUGCCCGAGGUGAGCGACCAGGAGCUCGAAGAGUCAACCAGACGCAUCCCCAUUGAUCCCAAGAAGAAGUCCUGGUUCGGCUUGCAGCUGCGCACCGUGACUCUCAGCCUAGCCGUGCUGGUGCAGUAUCUCUACGUCGCCACGCAGGAAAGUAACACCAUCUGGUUUGGUAAUUUGGUGGCGACUGAUGCUGCCCACGCCCGGGAUAACAUUAUCCGCGUUCAACAACGGUCCGCUACUGCGACUACCGGACCGACCGUCCGUCCGCAGCGAGUGCAAGGCCUCAAUCUGUCCAUUGCCGACUACCUCUUGUGUGGGCAGUCUGUCUUUGCGGCAUCCCGUAUCCUCGCCGCCGUUACCUGCUACUAUUCGGUCAGCGUACGCUUCGUCCCCAAGCCGCGCACUCUGCUGACGAUGUGCGUCGUCCUUUGCUUCAUCGCCUCCGUCUUGCUCGUCACGCUGCGGCCGUCAGACCCCGACCUCAUCAUCAUCCCGGCCAUGCUCUUCUUCUUUGGCGAGGGCCCCAUCUGGCCACUCGUUUUCGCCAUGGGUCUGCGCGGUCAGGGCCGAAGGACGAAGCGGGCGGCGGCAUUCAUCACCAUGGGAGGCUCCGGGCCGGCGUUUUUCCCCUUCAUCAUGUAUGGCGUCGUUCGCGAAUGCGGCACGAUACACAGGGCCUGGGUCGUCAUUGUCGCCCUGCAAGUGGCCAUGAUUGUGUGCUCGGGCUACCUGGACAUUUCAAAGGACGCCAAACUGCUCAUUGACCCCCAAGGUCCGUUGCAAAAGGCAGGAAGAGAUGAGGAGAAGCAAGCUGAUGGGCAAUACCACAAUGAUACGCCUUUUACCAGCAGGGAUGAAUAA